AUGGAGACACCAAAACUCUUGAAGAUAGCUAAUGGUUUGUCAGUACCAAGUGUUCAGGAACUUGCAAAACUCACGCUUGCAGAGAUUCCAUCUCGAUACAUACGCACUGACGAAAACCAGCUGUCUAAGAGUGCAUCUAAAAUAAUAGAUCAUGGAACAAUUCCUGUCAUCGAUAUGCAGAAUUUACUAUCUUCAGACAACGUAAUUGGAAAGUUGGAAUUGGAUAAGCUUCAUUCUGCUUGCAAAGAAUGGGGCUUCUUUCAGUUGGUAAACCAUGGAGUCGAUGCUUUGUUGGUGGAGAAUCUAAAAUCGGAAAUCCGAGGGUUUUUUGAACUUCCAAUGAGUGAAAAACUGAAAUAUGGAAAAAAGGAUGGAGAUGGGCAAGGCUAUGGACAACUCAAUAUUGAAUCAGAUGACCAAAAACUUGAUUGGGCAGACAUGUUUUCCUUGUUUACUCUUCCGGUACAUUUAAGGAAGCCUAAUUUAUUUCUACCUUUCAGGGGGACACUAGAAUCCUACUCAUCAGAGAUGAACAAACUAUUCACGAUUCUUUUUGAGAUGAUGGAAAAAGCUCUAAAAGUAGUUGAGACAAAGGGUAUUAGAGAGUUGCUUGAAGAUGGCACGCAAAUGAUGAAUGUGAAUUACUAUCCCCCUUGUCCUCGACCAGAGCUUGUAAUUGGUGUUACAUCACACUCGGAUUACAGCGGGUUAACAAUCAUCCUUCAACUCAAUGAAGUUGAAGGAUUACAAAUAAGGAAAGAAGAGACAUGGAUUUCAGUCAAACCUCUACCUGAUGCAUUCAUAGUAAAUGUAGGAGACGUUUUGGAGGUAAUAACUAAUGGAAUUUACCGUAGCGUCGAUCAUCGUGCAGUAGUAAACUCAAAAAUGGAGAGGAUCUCAAUUGCAACAUUUCAUAGCCCUAAACUAGAGUCGGAAGUAAGACCGACAUCCAGUUUCAUCACACCAGAGACACCUGCUUUGUUCAAAACAGGUAGGUUUGGGGAUCUUAUGAAGGAUAAUUUUUCAAAGAAGCUCGAUGGAAAAUCAUUUCUUGACAGGAUGAGGAUAUCUGGAGCAAGUGAUGAAUACAAUGGUACUACAUAAUUGUACCCACAAACGUAUAAGUUGCUAUUAUUAUGGGUGAU